AUGUACAUUGGCUUAAACAUACAAUCAAAUUCCAUUGAGAUAUUUUUCCCUACAUUUGUUUUUACUUUACUUCGCCCCAAAACCCCUACCGGGCCUUCGCCACUACACCUCUACACCCCUAUCGGGCCUUCGCCCACAAACCCCCAGCAGGCCUUUAACCCCAAACACGAACGGGGCCUUCGCCCCCGAACCCCAACCGAGCCUUCGCCCCCAAACCCAACUGGGCCUUCGCCCCUAAACCCCCACCAGGCCUUCGCCCAAAAAAACCAACCGGGCCUUUGCCCCCCAAACUCCAACCGGGCCUUCGCCCCCAAACUCCCACCAGGCCUUCGCCCAAACAAAAAAACCCACCGGACCUUCGCACCCAAACCCCUACCGGGCCUUCGCCCCCAAACCCCCAUCGGGCCUUCAACCCCAAACCCGAAACGGGCCUUCGCCCCCAAAUCGCCACCGGGCCUUCAACCCCAAAACCGAUCCGGGCCUUCGUCCCCAAACCCCAACCGGGCCUUCGCCCCGAAACCCCCACCGGGCCUUCGACCAAAAGACCAACCGGGCCUUUUCCCCCAAACCCCCACCGGGUCUUCGCCCCCAAAGCCCAACCGGGCCUUUGCCCCCAAACCCAACCGGGCCUUCGCCACCAAACCCAAACAUAUCCUUCGCCCCCAAAACCCCAACCGGGCCUUCGCCCCCAAACCCCAACCGGACAUUCGCGCCCAAACCCAAACCUAUCCAUCGCCCCCAAAACCCCAAUCAGGCCUUCGCCCCAAAAUCCCAACCGGGCCUUUACCCCCAAACCCCAACCGGGUCUUCGCCCCCAAACCCACACCGGGCCUUCGCCCCCAAACUCUCACCGGGCCUUCGCCCCCAAACCGCAACCGGGCCUUCGCCACAAACCCAUACCGGGCCUGCGCCCCCUAA